AUGUCUGUGUACAAAGAGCCAAAUGAACCGGUUGCGCUCAUAAAAGCCUUGAGCCAGCUUUCUCUCACGUUGUCGAGUGAGGACAAUCAAAACGUCAAGAGAGAGGCUCUACGCUUGAGUCAAGCUCUAACUGCAGCACUUCAAGCGCCGGAAGAUAUCGCAGUAAAUAUGUCCUUUGCCGCUUUCACACCGAUGAGUGUUCGAAUUGCGGUCGGUCUGAAGCUCUUUCAACACAUAGUUUCUCGCGGACCCAUCACCACGGUGGAAUUGGCAUCUGUAUCGGGUGGAGAUGAUUUGCUCAUAACCCGUAUACUGCGGACAUUAUCGGCGGCCGGAUUUGUCAAGGAGGUUGAUGACCAGGCCUGGGCGGCCACAGCCGUUACUAAGGCAAUGACAAUUCAGGGAAUAGCCGAGGCUCAUAUAUUUAUGUGGGAUAUGCUUGUUGUGGCAGCUGGAAAAGCGCCAAAAUUUCUCGAGGAGACGGGAUAUCAGAAUCCCACCAAUAGUCGAGAUGGUCUCCUACAAUACGGUCAUCAAACCAAACUGACAAUCUUCGAGUUAAUGAGCACGAUGCCCCAGAUGCAGCGUGAUUUCGACGAUUUUAUGGUACGUCUAAUGGGUGCAAACGAAUCCUGGGUUGAUUGGUACCCUAUCCAAGAACAAGUAAUCCAUGGUGCAAGAGAUAACUCUGCGCUUGUGGUCGAUGUGGGUGGUGGGAAAGGCCAUGAUCUGCAAGCCUUCAAUAUGAAAUAUCCACAGCAAGGGAGACUAGUUCUACAGGAUCGACCUCCAGUAAUCGACGGAAUCAAGGACUUGCAUCCAGCAAUUGAGUACGUCAAACACGACUUUUUUACCAGCCAGCCAAUCCAAGGUGCUCGAGUAUACUUCUAUCACCAUAUCCUCCAUGAUUGGCCUGAUAGCAAAUGCCUUGUUAUUUUACAACAAGCCAAACGGGCUAUGAUACCAGGUUAUUCUAAGUUGCUCUUGCACGAACACAUUCUUCCUGAGAAGGGGGCAUCGACUGUACAAACACAAUUUGACAUGGCUGUGAUGUUGUUUAACAGCGGGACCCUACGAACACCAAAACACUGGGGUCAAUUGCUUGACAAAGCUGGGCUCAAACUUGUUAAAGUAUGGUUCAAGGAGGCAGCUACUGAUAAUGAAGGCGUUGUUGAAGCUGUUGUUGAAGAAAAUUGA